GCGAUGUCAACAAAACACAUGCGUUAAUACUGAGUUGGUAUGGAUGGUGAUUAUGGAACAGUGGGUAACGCAAAUUGUGAUUCACAAAGUAUGUGGAUUGCACACAAAGAAUGUGCAAUCUGAAAAUAUGCCGCAAUUCAAGAUCGAGUUCAUAGGAGACCCAGGUUUUUUGUGAAACUACCACAGAGGGCCAUCUAAUGGAGAACAGAAGAUUGACCAUACAUGGACACAUACUUAAGAGAUAUUGGCUCCCAACUCUCCAAUCUAAGCCCAGACUGAAGUUAAAAGCAACCGUUCCAACCAAGAGUCAGAGUGCCUACCUUAUACUGACAACAUACAGAUAGGUAAAGCUCCAGGACUUCUCCUAAAAUCAAUGUCUCAAGCCUGUUCGUCCAAUAGUCUUACAGAGACUCCCUUGAUGCCCUCCUCUGGCCAUCCCCCUUCAGCUCAAACCAAUGGGCAGCCCCUCUCAGAAACUCCACACCAGCAUGUUUCUGAGGUGACUGGCCAUGUUCCACCGCUGGAUAUGAAAGCCUCCAAAGGAAAGGAAAGACCACACCAAAGUAAACGCUUCAAGUCAAUGGCAAGAGGAAUACCUGCCCGGUCCAUUAAUCCUAGAGGGAAAUUCCAAUUUAACAUUCAGUUCUACCGGUGUUUGUUGACAAAGUGGCCCCACAGGACGUGGAGCAGAGCAAGGUGUUUAUUCUGGCUCUCCAGGUUCAAAAGAAAGAAGUGUUUUAAAGGAAGAAUUUGCACAUUCCGUUCUAACUUCCAGGUACUCAAUCACACUGGAGAUGCUCAAGAGAGCAAGUCACCUAGUCAACAAGAGGGUAAAUGGGCUUUAGACACGGACUGUGAUGGGACAGAAGCCCUAGAUGCCAGGCCUGCAAAUGACGCUUCCAACUUGACGGUGUGUCCUGUAUUGUCUGCUGUGUCUGAGAUCCCUGGCAGUCUCCAGCAGCACCAGGGUCUAGCCAGUGAUGCGGGCAUCACUGCUAAACAGGCAGAAGAGAAGAAGGGGGUGGUGCCAUCUCAAAGCCAGCAGUCGACCAUCGACACCAGCAGUGAAGCAAUAAAAAGACUCAUUCAUAUGUUUCUUGACAACUUCCUUGAGAAGUAUGGAAGUUUCAUCCCUCUGAGAAAGAGUAUGUUACUGAGGCAUCUCAAUAAAAUGCUCAACAUGGAAGUGUCUAAUGAGAAUUUGCCCAUCUUUGGGGAAAUGGCAAAAUACCAAACUGUUUUAGCAAGAAGACCAAUGUCCUCGUUCCGAGUAGUUCAUAACAAGCACACUCUGACACUGGAGGACCUGGCUACUCUGGAUGGUCACAACUGGCUCAAUGACCAGGUCAUGAACAUGUAUGGGGAACUGAUCAUGGAGUCUGCACACCAAAAGGUCCAUUUCCUCAACAGCUUCUUCCACCGACAGCUGAUGACUAAAGGAUAUGAAGGUGUGAGGAGGUGGACAAAAAAGGUGGACCUGUUCUCAAAAACUCUGCUGCUGGUGCCCAUUCACCUGGAGAUCCAUUGGUGCCUCGUUACUGUGGACAUAGCAAGCAAGAGGAUCAACUUGUAUGACUCCCAAGGCAUCAAGUUCAACGAAGUUGCCCAGAACAUCCUGAAAUAUAUCAAGACUGAAGCAAUGGAAAAGAAACAAACUGCUUUCCUGAGUGGCUGGACAGUGUUUGUUAAUGAGGGAAUCCCUCAGCAAACAAAUGAAAAUGACUGUGGAGUGUUUGUCUUGGAGUACUGCCGGUGUCUUGUUCUGGGGAAGCCACUCCUGUUCUCCCAGAGGGACAUGUCCAGCGUGAGGAAGAGAAUAUACAGAGAGCUCUGUGACUGCCAACUCUCCACCUAACCCUUGCUUGGCACUCUUUCCCAUCAGAACCCUGCACCCACUACAACUGAAGAAUGUAGUAGCAACACUUUGAUGCUGUUAUACACGGUAGAAUAGCGUUUUCUCAGAUACCUGGUCUGAGAGCUUGGUACAAGAUUAGAAUCCAAGGCAGGAAAGUAUGUAUCGAUGCAGGCUGUUGUUGGAGUAGACUUGCCGAAAGUGUAAAAUGUGGAGAUGUUAACUAUUAAUGUUAACUGUUCUUUAGUUUACAGACUUCAUCCUUUUCAGUCUGUUAUCAGUUUUUGUUAUUCAGUUGUAUGAGUUGUGCACACUGGUAUUAUACUUAACAAAAUAAAUAUAAACUUUUCUGAUCAACUGUUCUUUUUCAGAUCAUAGAUUGAUACUAUUUGGAUAUUAUCAUCACUGGGUCAUCAUGUUUUACCCUACAUUUCUUUCAAGAUAAUUUUUUUAGGUUAUGGUCCUGAUAAGGCUUGGUUGUGAUCAGCAUCAAUGUUAAUGCUAGAGUAAAACAUUUUAUGUGUUGAAAUAAAAUGUUAUUUAUUUGUAAUGCUGACAACUUUGAAAGUGGCGGAGGUAACAUUCAUAUAUCUGUUUUGUCUAUUGAGGACUGUGUGUACAUAGUAACUUUACAAAGACUUGUAAACAUGAAAUAAAACAUUAACA